AUGAUAUUUGAUUCGGACUUGAGACGCAUCAAGAACACUAGGAUGGAUAGGGAUGCUUUCUAUAAGCUAUGUAACAUGCUUCAAAGUAUUGGCGGACUCUCACCAGCAAAGAAUAUGGAUAUUGAAGAAAUGGUAGGAAUAUUUUUGUAUGCUAUUUCUCAUAAUGCAAAGAAUAGAGUUCUUAAAAGGGAAUUUGUGAGGAGUGGUGAAACUAAGCCAAAGUUUGUACAUGCUGAUUCAAAUGAUGUAAGAUGGAAGUGGCUUAAGAAUUGUUUCGGUGCUUUGGAUGGGACUUACAUCAAAGUCAAUGCAUUAGAUAAUGGCAAGCCUAGAUACCGGAAUAGAAAGGGAGACAUUGCCACAAAUGUCUUAGGGGUUUGUUCACAAGAUAUGCAGUUCAUUUAUAUCCUACCUGGAUGGGAAGGUUCUGCAGCUAACUCUAGGGUUCUUCGAGAUGCAAUUUCUAGAAGACAUGGAUUGAAAGUGGCUAAAGGAUUUUUCUACUUAUGUGAUGCUGGAUAUAGAAAUGGGGAAGAUUUGAAAGACAAAGGUGGAUGGAAUGGAGAUAAUGGUAUAUUUAGACCUGGUUAUUUGGUGCACCUUGAGAAGACAAUGGCAGAGAAGAUACCAAACUAUCAAAUCAAGGGAACUCCACAUAUUUAA